CUCACUUCCAGUUCCACACUGCACUUCACCAGCACCAAAAAAACUCAGACAUGGAUGACCCACUCACAAAAUGGCUCCACUUUCACACUGACAUCAACAACACGUCGGGAACGUGUGGUGUUUUCGACAGCUGAUUUAUGGAAAGGCAGGACAUAACUACAACGUGAUGAAAUUAUGGAAAAAAUUAAACCGGAGCUUUGUCCUGGAAGUCCCGGUGCCAAAUCGUGCAGCCCACUGAAGCAGGAUUCCACCAUCAGGGGGAAUGGAUGCAAAGACCCGGAGGACUCGAAGGAGGAUAACUUCACAGGGGAGGGGGUUAAAACAGAUGACGCGCCUCUGCGGGACCCGCGCAACCGGACCAUCAUCCCCAACGGCGUUGCCAAGGAAACAGCUUACGACGCUCUUGACCUGAAAAGGGAAGUACCAGUAAUCGAGCUCUCGAGGAGAGACGAUAUAAAGGCGGGACAGCAGAGAACGGACAGUCCCAUCGUACCGAUCACGGAGCUUCGCAGACCACCCGUGCCGUUGCCGCUGCCGCACCGAGACGCGCUGAACGACGCCCGAAUGGUUCAGCUGAGCCCAAACGCGUUCCCUCUCCCAGCGCGAGCGAUGCUCUACAACCUGGCGCAACCUCUCUCCGCAAUCAACAGUCUUGGAGGAGAGUCGGAACAAUACUGCAUGUACCCCAGCAACAGGGUAAAGCACCGCCCAGCACCUUACGAGGUUGAGCUCGACGAGGGUAGGCGCAUUUUAGAUCUUUCUAAGUAUGCUGGCCAGCCAAAGAUUGUACGACGGAUCUUCACCAACAGCCGGGAGCGCUGGCGGCAGCAGAACGUCAACGGAGCAUUCUCAGAGCUCCGGAAGCUCAUCCCCACCCACCCACCGGACAAGAAGCUGAGCAAGAAUGAGAUACUGCGUCUGGCCAUGAAGUACAUCAGCUUCCUGUCCAACCUGCUGGAUGACCAGGACGGAGGGGGCACAGUGGCCGUGGGCGACGAGACAGGGCUUCUGGUGGGGGGCUGUGAGGGUCGACCCCAGGGGCCCCGUCAGGACGUGGUGGGACUGGCCACGGAGGAUGACCUGCUCCUCCAGGGCACGUUGUCGCCCGGGUCCAGCUGCGGGAGUCUGCCAGAUGGGGACGGCAGCCCAGAGAGCUUCACCGAGGACCGGGACUCACCCACAGCCCAGAGGACUGUGCCUGCCCCGCGCGGUAGGGAACUGCGACGCAACGUGCGUCCACAAGACAGCGGCAGCCAGCGAUGACGGUGAUGAUAAUGGUGGUGACAGUCAUAACGAUGAUGGUGAUAGAGUUGACGAUGAGGGAGUUGAUGGUGGACCGCAGGAAAACACAUGGAUUGACUUAUUUCCCUGAAAGAUGGAUGACUUAAAUAUGGAUGAYAAGGGAUUCAUCUAAAGAGCGGUGCUUUAGGUUCUGGAAGCAUGCUGAUGACAGAAUAUCACUUYGUCAGGAUUCUAAUCAGCUCAUACUGAAGCCAAUGGCAGCUUGCUUGGCAUGGUCCUUAUUUGUUCAAUUGGUUGACAAAACGACAGACUUGUAAAUUCUGCAUGCUUUUAAUGCUGUCUAUGACCUGGGUUGAGGAACACCUCAUAUUUCCUGAGUUGUGAAUGUUCAAAUACWGUGUGCUUCUGUUACACUAUCAUGUCAUGAGUAGUAUACAUCCUAUGUCAUCAUCAUAGAAGUCACUCAUGCCAUGGUACCAUGAGGUGACGCAAUGGAGGUUACACCAGGAAAUGGCAAUGGGAAUGCUGUCAUGUUCUCACCUUGGGUUAAGAUCCAACUUCACCAGUUGUCAAUGAGGGCAUUCUAASUCUUCUGAAAAGUCAAGUUUACGACAACAACACGACAACAGCAUAGCUGUUUCACUGAUAGCAAUGGAUUGAUGUCAAAUCCUCACAAUAAAAUACACACUUAAACAAGCAUUAAAGACAAUUAUUUGCUUGAAAAUGUGUUAUCUUAAGGUUUUAGCACUCACAACACAUUAUCAAACAUGCACAUAUACCAAAAUAUUUUUACAGUGGUUCAUGUCAAAUGAUGUGAUUCGGCAGUUUGAUAUAUUUUAGACAGAGUUUUCAUUUUUAUUUUAUGUUUAGAUUCUGCUCAGUGCUCCUUAUUACAUUCAUUCAACAGUGGACAAACAACAUGUUCUCUAGAAAAUGUAUGACAAACACAUAUAAUUAUAUAAAUGUGGUACCUUAUUUAUAUUUUUUGUCACACAUAACUGAUUAGCAUUAAGUAAAACACCCCAGAGUAACAUGGCAACUGACCGUGAACCGUGUGCGCACACACAAACACACACACACACACACACACAUAUCAAGUACAAUCUGAUUUCUGAGACACACUGCCAUAGCAUGUAGAUGAUGGACUUAUGUGCAGCAAGGUAACUAGCAACUACAUCUACCAGAGGAUAAUACAUUUUCCUGUCAAGAGGUACAAAUAGUAUUUCCGUAACCGAUGUCCAAUGAAAU